AUGGAGCAGCCUCAGGGCAUAGAAGUGCAUAUCCGCAACGUGCCUGUUCAAAGUACAGAGAAUGCGCUGCGAAACUUCCUCAAGCCCUACCUUCAAAACUUGUCUAUUCAAAACGUCCAUUUCCGGAAGUCUCGAGACAGUCCAUACGCUCAGCUAACGUUCCUAAGUAUUGACGAUGCUCGAAAGUUCCUUCUCCAUUACGGCCAGGUUAAGGUUGCCGGAAGUCGUCGAGGAGUCAAGUCCAGCGCGAGGUCCAUCAAUCUUAGAUUCUUGGGGCAAUAUAUCUAUUGCGAGCGCAGCAAUCGGGAUGCAAAUCCACACCUCCUUCGAGUGCUAGCUAGGGAACAGCAUGAGCGACAAUCCCAGGCUUUGGUCCAACACAACCAUCAUGCUAAACCCAAAGUCUUUCCCGUCACCUUCCAAUGUUCAUUUGUAUCUUGCGGCGUGUGGGCCUAUGUCAACUCGGACCUUGUCUUCUCCCCUCAAGUGAAUUGGCAUGUCAGUGGUACAGCGAGAUUUGGGGAGAGGGUCAUGAUUCUGACGCUUGAUGAUGGCCGUCGAAUUGAUUUCCGCUACACUAGUACCUUGGGUAUUAUCACUGAGGACGGAUCUACGCCAUCAUUAACGUUUUCAAUGCACGAGCCUCCACGAUUCUUUGAGAAGAUCACCACGGAUCCAAUUGUCGACUUGUUUGCAAAACUUGGCCUCCAACCACAACAGACGAGACAGUCACCAACAAGAAAGUUUGGACCCGAUCGUCAUCGUCUUCCCUAUCUUGACGAUACACAUAAGCCCAUCGCGAGGACCUGUCUUGUAUACCGCAUCGCUCUCAACCAUGUGCAUUACACCGACCUUGGCCUUGUUAUGGACGUAAACGAGCGGAUGAACACUCUCCGUUUAGCUGCCCGUCAAAUGCCCUCAAUGUCCGACCGGCGGAUAGAAAUUCAGAGAUACCCAAAGUCGUAUGCUGAUGGGUUAAAGCUUCUUCAUCACGCCUUGUUAAGCCCUCGAUGUGAAAUCCCCUUCGUUUUAAAGUUUCAGAUACAAAAGUUGGCGCAGGAUGGUUAUUUGUCGCCUUCCACCGUUCUGGCACUUCUUCCCGAGUUUGCAUCCAUGGCGAGACGAACAGAAACGGCUACAUGCGUCGAUGCGGCCAGGAAGCUUUUCAAUCAGAUCAAUUUUCCUGGACCAGAGACAGAGGCUACCGAGUUUGACCAGGAAGCUUUAAUUGAGUUGCUGAUGGAGAACGAAGCCCGGUGUAAGCGCGAAUCGAGAGCAUUGGCGAUGCAGCAAGAGAGGGUGACUCAGAACGUGGCAGUCAUUCACAGAGCCAAAGUGAUGCCAUCUGGCAUCCACCUUCAUGGACCUGAGCCCGAGACCAACAACAGAAUUCUGAGAAAGUAUCCUGGGCAACAUGAGUCUUUCCUCCGCGUACAAUUUUGUGAUGAAGAUGGCCAGCCGGUUCGUUUUAAUCCUCGAAUAUCUAAUGACAAAAUAUAUCAUGGACGGUUUAAAGAGGUUUUCCGAGAAGGAAUUGAUAUUGCUGGCCGUGUUUACAAAUUUCUCGGGUUCUCACAUUCGUCCCUUCGAGCUCAAUCUUGCUGGUUCAUGGCCCCAUUUGUCUACGAGAACUCUCUACUCCUCGACAGAAGGCUCAUCCAAUAUCUUGGGAAUUUUUCAUCGAUUCGAUGUCCAGCGAAAUGCGCCGCAAGAAUUGGGCAGGCAUUCUCUGAUACAAGAACGGCAGUCACGAUUGAUCUGACAGAUUAUUAUGAGAUACCGGACGUUCAGAACAACGGUCGUGUAUUUAGCGAUGGUGUCGGUACUAUUUCAUCAUCUCUCCUGGAGAAGAUCUGGGAACGCCUUCCAAAAAAGACGCUUCCAAGACCUACAUGCCUUCAGAUCCGUUUUAAGGGAGCCAAAGGUAUGAUAUCGCUGGAUUCUCGUGUGCAAAAGCCUGCACUAUUUCUACGCCCUUCCAUGAUAAAAUUUGGUGGUUCAAAUUCAGCAGAUGUUGAAAUUUGUGAGGCAGCAUACAAACCGCUUCCGAUGUACCUGAACCGGCAGUUAAUCAAGAUACUGGAGGAUAUGGGGGUUGAGGACAAGUUUUUCCUUGACCUCCAGGCGAGAGAAGUCAAACGCUUGCGAGACAUUACGGAAAAUCCUAUAAAUACCUCAACUUUCCUAAAGCGGCAGUCAGUUGGCGAGCCCUUCCACUUCCCGUGGUUAAUCCUAGCUCUUGCAUCACGCAACCUCGACUUUCGUUCGGACGGCUUUCUUCGCGACACUGUGGAGUUGACGUUGUUGUCAGAACUUCGCAAGCUCAAGCACCAGACAAGAAUUCCCGUCCAAAAGGGCUACCAUCUACAUGGUCUUAUGGACGAAACCGGAUAUCUUCGAGAGGGAGAGAUAUUUUGCUCUGUCGUUGAGGAUGGUGUCCCAAAAUACAUUACCGGCAGAAACUUGAUUAUUUCACGGGCUCCGGCACUUCAUCCUGGAGACGUGCAGCUGGUGGACGGAGUCAUACCUCCUAAGAAUUCUCCACUUCUCCAAAUACACAAUUGUAUAUGUUUCAGCCAACACGGGGCCCGCGACUUGCCCAGCAAACUCAGCGGUGGUGAUUUGGACGGCGACCGUUAUUACAUCAUGUGGGACGAGAGGGCGAAAGUCAAAAAAGUCUUUCAGCCGGCCGACUAUCCAAUCCAACAGCCCGUGGAUAUUGGUCGAUUGGUGGAGGUGGAAGAUAUGACGAAUUUCUUCAUCCAAUUCAUGGAAACUGAUCAGCUUGGUCGAAUUGCUGUUCAACAUCGAGUGAUGGCUGACCAAAAAGAAAGGGGCGUCUGUGAUGAAAACUGCAUCCGCCUGUCCGAAAUGCAUUCCACUGCGGUCGAUUUCUCGAAGACAGGCAUUCCCGUUGAUAUGACCAGAUUGCCAAAAAAUAAUCCAUGGCGCCCAGACUUUGAAGCUCCCGGCCCGCACGUUAUGAUCGAGAAGAACAAUGGCAUUGUAUUCGAAACCAAAACAUUCCAGGAACCACUUGACCAGGAGGAUGAAGACGAUGAGUUCACAAGCUACAGGUACUAUGAGAGCAACAAAAUCCUUGGGAAGCUCUACCGCGCCAUUGAUGAGCAAGCUGUUUUCCAGGGUAUUCAAAAACGAGCUUCCGCCGAUGGAAUUACAAGUCGCUCUAAUAUCAUUGACGAAGUCUGGAGUUAUGUUGAGAGAAAGGUUCAAGGAUUCCAGUGGGAGGACCAGAUGGAAUGGGCCGAAGACAUUCGUGACAUGUAUGAAGAAGCACUUCUCAACACCAUGACAGACUAUAGUCAGCACCCCCAACGCCCUCUUUCCGAACUCGAAGCCUUCACCGGCGCCAUUCUCGGCAGAACCGGUGUUCCGAAUCGUUACCAACGUGAGCUCUCGAAGACUAUGAAGGAGAAGUUCGAAGAGGACACUACUUUUAUUGUCAACUGCAUAUUGAAGGAUGGUGAUGAGUGGUCUGAUCAGGCUUUGGAGAGAAGUGUUGCGUGCUUGGCUGUCAGCCUGAAAGAUGAUACUGUUUAUCGCAGACGAGAGCAGUUGCUUUCGUUCAAGUAUGUGGCAGCGGCCAUUUGUCUAAGGGAGGUGGAGAAGUUGCCGGGCUGGGAGGAUCUUGAACACAUUACCUUCCCAGAGCUUGGGGGUAGGACUGUACUUGCUUUGAACUGA